AAUCCCAUUCUCCUAGGAAACUUUCAAAAACCUUAAAACAGAUCCUCAUUUUAGUUUUGUCUUUCCCAGAAACCAAAACCAAAAUUAAACUCAUCUCUUAUUUCUCUAGUUAAGUUAUGAUAUAUAAUUGAUUCUACAUUUCCACUAAUAUCCAUCCAUAUAAAUAAAUCAAAUAUAAAACCACAUUAUAUAUUUAAUUUUUCUGGGUUUGGGUGGAAGAAAUAGUAUUACUGAUUCCACUACUUCCGUGACUGAUUUUCCUUCUUUUUCGCUCCUAUCUCUUACCCUUUAUAUAUAUGAUCGUAUUUUCUUUUUUUCCAUGAAAACGUUUUUCUCGUUCUCUCCUCAUAAGCUUUUCUUUGUAAUUAUUUUUUAAUUAAUAAAUAAACUCUUAUCUAUAAAUUAACUCUACUUCUACUCUAGAUCAAUUUGAUCUUCUCUUAUUAUCUCCCAGAAGAAAUCUCUACCAUCUUUUCUGAGCUACCUCUCUCUCUUCGAAGUAUCAAGCCAACAUUAGCGAUGUUUUCUCCUCAAUAUCGCUGGUGAUUAAUAAAAGAGGAGAAUUCGACUAAGAAUGAGUAAUUCAGAGAAGAGAGCCAUGGAGACCAAUGUGAUUUAUGAGCCUUAUAUUGAUCCAGAUUAUGAAUUUCUCGAUGAAAGAAUGUACCCUCCAAGGGUUUGUAUAGACAAUGAUACAUGUUCACAUUCCACACUUAUAAAGGUUGAUAGUGCAAACAAAGAUGGGAUUUUGCUGGAGAUGGUCCAAGUGUUGACAGAUCUCGAUCUUGUUAUAUCUAAAUCAUACAUUUCAUCCGACGGUGGAUGGUUCAUGGACGUGUUCCAUGUGACAGACCAACGUGGGAACAAACUUACUGACGAAAGUCUCAUACACUACAUUCAGGAGGCAAUAUGUGCAACUAGGAGGGGUGCUCCUACACCUACUACAUAUACCACUAUCACAAGCCUUGGAAGAGUAGUGAGACCACUUCAAAUGGACACAGCUCUAGAAAUGACCGGCACCGACAGACCGGGCCUAAUGUCCGAGAUAAUGACCGCUCUUCUCGAACGGGGCUGCAGCGUAACUGAUUCAGUGGCUUGGACCCACAACACAAGAGUGGCCUGUAUUGUCCACGUAGAAAAUGGGCCUGAAGGUGGGCCCAUCGAGGACCCAGUACAGCAGGCCCAGGUACGAGACUUUCUACAGAGCGUGGUGGAGGCCCAUCACGUGAAGGGAGAGAAGACAAGUGUGAGGUUCACUAUGAUUCCGGCAGUGGGGAGAACCCACACCGAGAGGAGACUCCACCAGUUGAUGUACGCCGACGGUGACUACGAGCGAUGCAACGGUUGCGACGGUGCUUUGACUGGGACCCAUAAGAUCAGUGGGUGUGACCGCGCACAUGUGAAUAUUGAGAAUUGUGAAGAGAAAGGGUACUGGAUUCUCAACGUGAGGAGUAGAGAUCGGCCCAAGCUUCUUUUUGACACGGUUUGUGCUCUCACGGACUUGGGUUAUGUCGUUUUCCAUGCUGUGGUUGCUUCCAAAGGCACAAUGGCUGAACAGGAGUACUUCAUACGACACGCCACCGGACGUCGUUUGAAUGUUGAGGACGAGAGGAAUAAGCUUACCUUGUGUUUGAUAGCAGCAAUAGAGCGGAGAAUCUCACAUGGAUUGAGGCUGGACCUAUGUUCUCGAAAUCGAUUUGGACUGCUUUCGUAUAUUACUAGGGUGUUUCGUGAAAGUGGGUUUUCUUUAUCAAGAAUGGAGGUGGCAACACAGAACGACAGAGCAUUUGGGUCGUUUUACGUGACUGACGCUUCGGGCCAUGAUGUGAAUCUUAGCACGGUGGAUUUGGCGAUCAGAGAGAUUGGAGGAUCAAUUAUUUCAAUUUACAAAACUUCCACUUCCAGGAUUUCAUCUCCAGUCCUUAGUAGAAGUAGUACUAGUAGUAGUAGUAGUAGCCAUAGUAAUAGUACAAGUCUAAGAACUGCAACGCAUACCAGGGUUGAAAAUGUACCAAGGUUCUCAUUGGGAAGCUUGCUUUGGUCUCAACUGGAGAGGGUUUCUUCCAGUUUCGGAGGUGCCAUAAGGCUGUAGAGGAAGUCCUUAAAUAGGGAGCAAACUUAGUUUGUAUCUAUGCAGAUAUCUGUUUAUAUAAUGAAUCAGACAAGUUAAUCCUUUGAAAUCUA